CAUGGUGUAGCAUACGAUAUUUGAACAAAGUUUUGUGUAGUAAAAAGUUUAGUGAAUUUUCAAUAAAAUGAUCGAGGAACACGACCAACAGGAGACAAUAUGCGAUUCUGUAAAUGCACUUGCGGAAGGCUGCCGUUUAUCGGUCAAAAUGCAUGGAACAGACGAUUGGCCCCUAGCUGAAAUCAUCAGCAUAAAGGAAGUGCAUGGAGUCAAGUGUUAUUACGUACAUUAUGUCGAUUUUAAUAAACGAUUAGAUGAGUGGGUGUCAGAAGAUUGUUUAGAUACAAGAAAGGUUCAGUAUCCUAGGAAAGAUGGAACGGCUCCAGGAACUGAAGCAGCAACCCCAAAAAAACAAGUACAAAGUAGGCCACCUAGUCCUAGUAGUGUUAUUAGUGAACCAGUGAACGGUAAUGCUGUUUUACAAGCAGCGUUACAAAAGAAAAUGGCUAGAAAGAGGAAAGCUACGUGCUUAGAAAACGAAGAUUCUCAAGAUGGUCCUCCUCAAACGGCAGGUCCAAGACCUACUGGUUCUUUAGUUGCACAUCAUCACGAUGACGUUGUUACACGGAUGAAAAAUGUCGAACUGAUAGAACUGGGUCGUCAUAGAAUAAAACCUUGGUAUUUUAGUCCAUAUCCACAAGAAAUGGUGAAUCUUCCAUGUAUAUAUAUCUGUGAAUUCUGUUUGAAAUAUAGAAAAAGUAGAAAGUGUUUGGAAAGACAUCUAUCCAAGUGCAAUUUAUGUCAUCCACCGGGAAAUGAAAUAUAUAGAAAAGGGUCUAUUUCAUUUUUCGAAAUUGAUGGUAGAAAAAACAAAAACUAUGCACAAAACUUAUGUUUAUUAGCUAAAUUGUUUCUCGAUCAUAAAACAUUGUAUUACGAUACAGACCCUUUUCUAUUUUACGUUAUGACUCAUUUCGAUACCAGAGGUUUCCACAUAGUUGGAUAUUUUUCUAAAGAAAAAGAAUCUACGGAAGAUCACAACGUUGCAUGUAUUCUUACUUUGCCGCCGUAUCAAAGAAAAGGUUAUGGAAAAUUGUUAAUAGAAUUCUCUUAUGAACUAUCCAAAUUCGAGGGUAAAACUGGAUCACCUGAAAAGCCGUUAUCUGAUUUGGGCUUGCUGUCUUAUCGAAGUUAUUGGGCACAUACAAUACUUGAUAUAUUAUUGAAUAUAAAACCUGUCGUAGAAAAUGAGAAACCGCAAAUAACGAUAAGUGAAAUUUGUGAAUUAACGUCUAUCAAAAAGGAAGAUGUGAUAUCGACUUUACAAAAUUUGAAUCUAAUUAACUACUACAAAGGACAAUAUAUUGUAACAUUAAACAGAGAAAUAAUCGAACAACAUACAGCGUCAAUGGAAAAACGCCAAGUCAAAAUAGAUUCUAAGUGUCUUCAUUGGACACCAAAAGAUUGGAGCAUUAGACCUAAAUGGUGAAACAAUUUGAAAGAUGUUCGUUAUAAACCUAUUAAUUCAUUUUAUUUUAGAAUUAUUUUCAGAUAUUCUGAAAGUAAUAAUGUAUGAUUUUUAACCAUACUUAAAUGUAUAUAAUUAUAUGAUCUUAUGGUCUGCUAUUUUAAAGACUUCUAGUAGUCCUUGACAUGAACCAUAGUGGUUUAAUUAUUCUUUAAAUCAAGUAGAUAAUAUUAUUGUCAAGAAUUUAACAUCUUUAAACAUGUGAUUAAUAGGUUUUACGUAAAACAGUAUUUGUUUUACUUAAUUGAUAGCAAUCUUUUAAUACAAGGAAAAUUUUUUAACUAAAUUACGUCUAUACAACUUUAUAGUUGUUUGUACAUAGACUGGAACAAUAC